AUGCACAAAGAUACCAAGGGAUCCAACCUUCUUGUUAGUGAUGAUGGAUUUCUGAAGAUAGCUGAUUUUGGCCUGGCAAAUUUUGUUAGUGUCGGGCACAUUCAACCAUUAACUAGUCGAGUUGUUACUUUAUGGUAUCGGCCUCCUGAACUUUUGCUUGGAUCCACUAGUUAUGGGCAAUCUGUUGAUCUAUGGAGUGCUGAUCUCGGAAGCCGAGGAAGAACAAAAUUUGCUGGAGAAGGCAGUAAAGAAGUGCAGCAGAAGUUACAGGCAAGUAUGAGAGGCAGUGCUGCUGUUGUUGCAACAGAAGUGCAAUGCAGGGAAAAAGGUUUAGGUGAUGGCAGUGAUUGCAGGCCAGAGUAUAAGGAGAAACGAGGGUUUCCGCUACAGAUUAGUGAAAUUCAGUGA